UUCUUCCGGGUUUGAUGUUUUGGUUCACUGUAAUAAAGGCAUCAGAGAAAGAAAGAAAGACAAACAAAUAUUUUGUAUAUUUUGGGUUCUACCAGGUUUAGUGUGGGAUUUAAUCAUGGCUGCUGUUGAUAGUUUUCCACUGCUGUACAGAGAAAUCGCCAGAUCUUGCAGUUGUUAUGCAGAAACGCUUGCAUUAGUGGGUGCACUGUAUACUGCAAGUAAAGCUGUAACACUGAUGAGGGAUUGCUAUAGUCUGAUCAGGCUUCACUUCAUCCCCCGUCUUGUUUCUCCUAGAGAUCUUGUGCACAGAUAUGGAAAAUGGGCCAUCAUUAAUGGUGCAUCAGAUGCAAUAGCUAAAGCAUACGCUGAGGAACUGGCUCGCCAUGGUGUCUGCGUUAUCCUCAUUACCACUGACACCACCAAUAUCAGUGACACUGCCAAGACCAUCUCUGACACCCAUGGAGUUGAGGCAAUCCUAGUGGAGGCAGAUUUCAGCCACGGUGCCUUGAUCUGCAAACCCAUUAAAGAUGCAAUCAAGGACAAAGAUGUCGGAUUUGUCAUAAACUGCCUGGAUUCAUCGCUGGAUGUCUCACGAGACUUCCAUGCCAUAUCUGAGAGCGAACUGUGGCACAUGAUAAAUAACAGCGUAUCUGCGGCCUCACUGAUCACCCGCCUGGCUCUACCUGGCAUGGCUGAAAGGCGAAGAGGUGCAGUAGUUAAUAUUUCAUCAGGAAGAUCCUCCAGGCCCUGUGCACAAAAGGCUGUACUCUCUGCAUCUACGGCUUUCUUUGACCACUUCACCCGUUCCCUGCAUUAUGAAUACCGCCAUCGUGGAGUGUUUGUGCAGAGUUUGCUUCCUGGCAAAGUGGCCUCUGAAGGACAAAGUGGUUGUAUCAUGGCUGGCUGGUUGGUUCCUCAGCCACACAUUUAUGCCAGACAUGCUGUGUCCACUCUGGGCAUCUCUUACAGAACUACAGGAUACUGGCCUCACACACUACAGCUCGGACUUGUGCACUGUGUGCCAGAGUGGAUACGGGUGCUGGGAGCACGAAUGAUGUGUAAGACGACCUAAAAGCUCUGUGUUUGCCGGGGGAUGAUAAAUCAGAAUCAGAAUCAGAAUCAAGUUUAUUGUCAAGUAUGUUCUAGAAUAAAAAAUAGAAUAGAAUAAAAAAUAUAAUAUGAAAUAUGCAAAUUUGAAAAGUGGACAUAUUUAAGGGGUGUGUGCAUGAGUUGUUGGAGUCAGGACUCCUCAGAGUCCUAGACUUGUACAGGUUCUGAAGAGACAGAAGGUUGCAGCUGAUCAACCUCUCAGCAGAACGAAUGAUGCGCUGUAGUCUGCCAUUGUCCCUGGCAGUGGCAGCAGCAUACCAGCUGGUGAUGGAAGAAGUGAGGAUGGACUCGAUGAUGGUGGUGUAAAAGUGCACCAUCAUUGUCUUUGGCAGAUUGAACUUCUUCAACUGCCACAGGAAGAACAUCCUCUGCUGUGCUGUCUUGGUGAGAGAGCAGGUAUUCGUCUCCCACUUAAGGUCCUGGGUGAUUAUAGUGCCCAGGACGUGGAAAUACUCCACUGGGGAGUCAAACAGAGUGAUGCGGGAGGGUGUGGCAGAGCUCCUCCUCAAGUCUACAGUCAUCUCCACUGUCUUGAGAGCAUUGAGCUCCAAGUUGUUCUGCCUGCACCAGGACACCAGAUGGUCAAUCUCCCACCUGUAGGCAGGGUUGUAGUCGAGUUAUGAAACCUUGAGUCCGAGUCCAGUCUCGAGUCCUCAGUAUUCAAGUCCAAGUCAUUAAAAAAAAUUUAGAGUCAAGUCCGAGUUGAGUCUGAGAACAAGACUCCAACCAUACCAUUUGACGGUGGCUGUUUCAGCGCCAUUAACAUUAGUUUGUUCCUGAACAUGACAUAUGAACAGGUGAAUGUGCAUUCUCUUUGUCAGGGAGUGUGAAGUAUUCUGUUAGAGAUGGUUAGGAGACGGAUGUAAGUGCAGAAGGUGUGUUUAUUAAUACAAGUGAAGACAGGUAAGCAAUCCAGAAUGGCAGGCAAAAUCGUGAAACAGGCAAUAGGUCGAGCAAGGCACAAACAUGCUAUCGUAGACUUGACAGAAUCAAAGACGAGAAACAGGAACUCAAGGAUCAGGAAACCAAACAAGGAAAUAAGGCUCGGUAAUGUGUCAGCAAUGCAACUCAAUACUUCGCAAAGUAAGUAUGUUUUCACAGUUUUGAUAUAGACGCACUGAUCGUGCCUUAAUCCUGUGCAGGUGCGAGUCGUUUACGGCACGUGCGCAAGAGUCCAUUUGAUGCGCGCACUGUCCGGAGCGCACCCGAGAGUCUAUCUGAUGCAUGCGCCAAGGCUUGCAGGUGUGACACUCUUGCACAAAAUUAGUACAAAAAUUAAUGUAGAUAUAGAUAUUUUAUGCCAAAUUAUUAUGGCAUGUUACAAAAAAAUAAAGAAAAAAUCAGUCCUUGUCUCCAGUUUAUGAGUCCUAAUGCAGUUAAUGAACGAGUC